AUGGAGCUGGCUUCGCCUUCAGGAAUCGGGGGCACGUCCCUGAACCGCUACCUGGACGGCGAGUUCUGGAGCCUUAAGAAAGAGCUCCACAGGCUCCUGGGCGGCUGCCCGCUCUUCCGCCACAGGUAUGAUUUAAAUCUGGAUGAAAUAAGAGCUUUGACGUUUCAGAGAGUGAAGUUUGUCAUGGGUCUACCUGUGUUAAAACGUGCGAUUCAGGACCAGGCAGAGAAAACAAAGAAUUUUGUCAGUCGGAGCCUGGUCAUAGGAGAAGUCCUCUCCAUAGCAGACAUGGCCACAGGAGUAAAGUGUGGAAUAAUUUAUUGGCUAUUUGGUGGUGCAGUCAGGAACCUUGGAAGCCCAGGACAUGUCACUAAGUGGCUUCAGCCCCUCCAGGAGCAGAAAUACACUGGGAUGUUUGCAAUGACCGAGAGGGGCCACGGGAGCAACGUGAGAGGGAUCCAGACUGAAGCCACCUUUGACCUCUCGGCGCAGGAGUUUGUGAUCGACACGCCAUGUGAAAAUGCUGAGAAGAUGUACAUUGGAAAUGCGAUGUAUGGGAAUUAUGCCGCUGUCUUUGCUCAGCUCAUCAUAAACGGAAGAUCGCAAGGGCCCCACUGUUUCAUUGUUCCUGUCCGUGAUGAGAAUGGAAGCUUGUACCCCGGAGUGACAGCUAUUGAUAUGAUGUACAAGGAAGGUCUGCAUGGUGUGGAUAAUGGGAUUUUAAUAUUUCACAAGGUUCGGAUACCAAGGGAGAACCUGCUGGAUAAGUUUGGUUCUGUGGCUCCAGAUGGGCAGUACCAUUCCCCUAUUAAGAACAAGAGUGCAAGAUUCAAUGCAAUGCUGGCAGCGCUGACCCCUUCAAGAUUAGCUGUGACUUUCCAAGCUCUGGGUGCCAUGAAGCUUGGGUUGACGAUAGCCAUUCGCUACAGCCACAGCCGGAGGCAGUUUGGGCCUAAGGCCAAGGAAGAAGUAAAGAUCAUUGAGCACCAAACCCAGACCCUUCGGCUGAUGCCUCAUCUGGCCACAGCCUUGGCCUUGACCUUCGUCAGCAGGUAUGCCGGAUUCCUCCUGGACGAGGACCUCUUCCAUGGGAAGGAGCUUGUGGACAGUCGCCCACUGCAGGCGCUGGUGGCGGGGCUGAAGGCCUACAGUACCUGGGAGAACGUCAGCUGCCUGCAGGACUGCCGCGAGUGCACAGGAGGCAUGGGUUACAUGAUGGAAAACCGAAUCUCAGGCCUAAAAUGCGACACAGAUGUGUUUGUGACUUUUGAAGGUGACAAUGUUGUUAUGCUGCAGGUUGUGGUGCGGGCACUGCUGGCUCAGUACAGCAAACAGCAUAAAGAGAAGCCACUGGUCAGCUGCCUCCGAAACUGGGCGGAGUCUGGGAGGGACAAGCUGAGAACCAGCUUCCUGGCAUUUAACAUGGACACAGUUGAUAAUCUCGCUUUUCUAUUGAAAGCAGUGAAUUUUCGUGAAAGAGUUCUUCAGCGGAGUUUGGUGGCCAGAAUUUAUUAUAAGGUGAUGACCAAGAAAGAGGACUUUUUCAGUGCCUGGAACGCGUGUCUUCACCACGUUGCCUGCCUGUCUCUGGCACACAUCCACAGAGUUACGUUAGAGCAGUUCUGCCUGGCGGUGAGGAGCUGUCCUGGCCGAGAGGACCAGGCCUUGUUCAUGAAGUUUUGUCUGUUAUAUGGAACCAAGCUGGUGUUCCAGGAGCGAGCCUGGUAUCUAGAACAUAAAUAUUUGACUCCCAUGGCCAGCACGAAGAUUAGGAAUCAGUUGCUGGAUUUGUGCGACUCGGUGAAGGAUGAUGCCCUGAGGGUGAUCUCUGCCUUUAACAUUCCACACACCUCCCUCCACGCACCAAUCGCAGGAAUCACCAAUGCGCAGGCCGCCUGGGCCUUCUACCCGGCACCGCUGCAACCCGAGCCCCGAGAAGGGGCGCGCUUUCAGCCGCCCAAGCUGGGAGCCAAGUUAUAGCGGGCGUGGUGCGAAGGGUGGCGGCUCGCUCGCAGCUGCCACGACACUAGCUUCUCUGACGCCUGAACUGGGGCCAAGGCCGGCCUAGCAUGAGCUGGGCCUCGGCCCUCGGGGAUUUGGGGCGCAGAGCAGGGUAGGCUGGCUAGGUGCGAUGGGCUGUUGGGAUAGGGAGCCAGGCGGCAGCCCGGAACACGGGGCUUUAUUAUGUAACCCCGCCGGUCCGCAGCACCCUCUCCCAGCUUCCGAGCCCGAUCUCCCUAGACACUGGUCUCCCCUGUGAAUGCGCCCUACAGCCAGCUGCCGCCAAAGGUCUCCCGUGGUCAGCGGCGACUCAGAUUUACAGUAAUUUGGAAAACGCAAUGGCGUUGCGUGAAA